AUGCCCCGCCACCCCUCCCUACCCGCCUGGGCCACCGCCCUCCUCCUCACCGCCACCACCGCCCUCCUCAUCCCCCCCGCCGCCUCCGCCCCAACCUGGCCCUCCCCCCAAGACGAGCUCGAAGACAUCAUGUUCCUCACGACCGGGCACCUCUCGCGCGGCUUCGCCACCCCCAUAACGCCCUGCGGCACCUCCUCGACGGGCGACCCCGGGCGCGUGCAAGCCGCGGAAUGGCUCCGCACCGCCUUCCACGACAUGGCCUCAGGGAACCGGUACACAGGGGUCGGCGGGCUCGACGCGUCCAUCGCGUACGAGACGCGGAGCGGCGAUAACGCGGGACCGGCGUUCAACACGACGCUGGGCGCGUACGCGGCGUACCUGAGCGCGCGGGCGUCGAUGGCGGACCUGAUCGCGCUGGGGGUGUACGCGGCGGUGCGGGCGUGCGGGGGCCCGGCGGUGGGGGUGCGGACGGGGAGGGUGGACGCGCGGGGGGCGGGGGCGGUGGGGGCGGUGCCGUUGCCGCAGAAUUCGGUGGGGACGUUUAGGAAUCAGUUCGAUCGGGUGGGGUUUGACGACGCGGGGAUGGUGGCGCUGGUGGCGUGCGGGCAUACGUUGGGGGGCGUGCAUGCGGAUGCGAAUCCGGAGAUUGUGCCGGCGGGGAGCGUGGCGGAUGAUGUGGUGAGGUUUGAUGGGACGGCGGGGGGGUUUGAUAAUAGGGUCGUGACGGAGUAUUUGGCGAAUGCGACGCAGAAUGCGCUGGUGGUGGGGAGGUCGACGACGAAUGGGCGGAAUUCGGAUGCGAGGGUGUUUGCGGCGGAUGGGAAUGUGACGGUCAGGGCGAUGGCGGAUCCGGAGACGUUUAGCAGUGUGUGCGCGACGGUGUUGCAGCAGAUGAUUGAGGUGGUGCCGAGUGGGGUGACGCUUGGGGAGCCUAUUGCUGUGUAUGAGGUGAAGCCGAGUGGGAUGCAGUUGACCGUCUUGGAUGGAGGCGAGUCUAUCAAGUUGACGGGCGACAUCCGUGUCAGGACUACGGAGCGGGCUGCUAGCCAGAUCAGCAAAGUGCAGCUGGUGUGUAAGGAUCGGGAGGGAGGGGACGGCGGGACUCUGGAAAUCGAGUCGUCAGGGUCUGCAGCCGGCUUCGACGACACUUUCGAGUUUUACGGCGUCUCGGCGAACAUCCCUUCGGACUCGUCGAUAUCGUCCUUCAACGUCCUCAUCACCCUCACAUCCGGCGAAACCCAGCUCUACGACAACGACGGCAGCGGCUUCCCCGUCCAAGACAGCAUCAUCUUCCAAAGCCCGCAAAGCUGCCUCAGCGGCACCACCCUGUCCAUCACCGCCGCCGUCCGCAAUACCGGGUCCUCCUCAUCCGCCGCACCGACGCUCAACGUCACCUACGGCGUUCCCGACUCCCGCUCCGUAUUGCCCGUCCUCACAGCCUCCACCGUCGCCAUGACCAAAGCCUCUUCAUCAUCCGUCGGCCCUUACGAUCUCUACACCGCCAGCUACACCCUAACCUCGACCCAACUCGACACGGCCCGCUUCGACGUCCAGCUCGACGACAGCACGGCCGACAGCUUCAAGCGCUCCGCCGAUCUAUCCGACACCUGCGCCGACCUCAGCCCGGACCCGCCUUCGACGACCGGGGCGCCUUCCAGCACCAGCAGCACCACCACCAGCACCGCCGCACCCCCCGCCUCGUCAUCAUCAUCAUCAGCACCGGUGUCCAGCUCCUCAUCCACAACAGUACCACCACAAACAACAACAACCACCUCAACCACCGCGCCUACCACCCCCACCCCCACGACCCUCAGCUGCCCCUCGGCCGACGCCGCCCAGUGGACCGUCUCCGACACGACCUUCACCAUCCACUGCGGCAAGGACUACCAGGCGGGGCAGAUCGGAGUCGUCUACGCGAGCGGCUUCGAGGCGUGCCUGGCGGCGUGCGUGGCGGUCGCCGCGGACGGGCCGUGCGAGGCGGUUGCGUACGUGGGCGGCGCGGGCGGGGGGGACUGCUAUCUGAAGAACGAAGCGGCGGGGGCGGUGGACGACGAGGGGGUGUGGGGGGCUGUGAGGGGGUGA